UUUGGACGGCAUAUAAAAAGUCCGCAAGAUUCAAGUGCGGUACAUUCAACUUGAGGUUUACUCACGGUGAAGUCACGCAUCUCAUCUAGAAUGGCUUUCAAGCUGGUAGUGCUGGUGUGUGCGAUCGCGUCUGUACGUGCGGGAGUGGUUGCCCCCGCCGUGUACUCGCACGCCGCCCCCGUGGCCUACGCCGCUGCACCCGUGGUGCACGCCGCCCCGGUCGCGCACGCCGCCCCAGUAGCCUACCACGCCGCCCCCGUCGCCUACGCCGCACCCGUCACCAAGGUCGUUGAAGACUUCAACGCGCACCCGCAGUACAGCUUCGCGUACGACGUUCAGGACGGACUUACCGGCGACUCCAAGACCCAACACGAGUCUCGUGACGGCGACGUGGUCAAGGGCUCCUACUCCGUUGUGGACCCCGAUGGCACCAAGCGCACCGUUGAAUAUACCGCUGAUGAUCACAACGGCUUCAACGCGGUCGUGCACAAGGAGCCACUCGCCGUCAAAGUAGCCGCCCCCGUGGUCGCUAAACUCGCCGCCCCGGUAGCCUACCACGCCGCCCCCGUCGCUCACGCCGCCCCCGUCGUGCACGCCGGCCCCGUCGUGCACGCCGGCCCUGUGGUGCACGCUGCUCCCGUAGCUUAUUCCGCCCCUGUUUACCAUCACUAAAUUAGAACAAACCCUAGUCAUUUUUAUUUAUUGUCAAAAGCAACCAUGACAUGAAAAUAAAGUACUCUUUU